AUGCAUUUGAUCUCUUCUCACAGCUCCAAGCUCGCUCAUUGUCACCUUUUUAAGAGGAACAACAGACCGUACACUGCUCACGGAGAAACAUUCUCAGCCAUGGAUGAGGAAGAAAAGAUCCUUCAAAUCGACAGGAAACACAACAAUUCUUUCACACGAUGCAGACCAGACAUGUUCUACUCAUCCCACCUCGUCCUAGACAACAUAGGCCUGUCUGAACCAGUUUACACCAUGCCUUUCCAAGCUACAUGGCUUGUACAGAGUCCUCUAGGGCUAAGGCUCGGUCUGCUAGCGCCCCGAAGGCACGGCCGCAAUUAUCCUACGAGCGAUCUUCGUCCAUACGAUUUGGAUUUGUCGAUGUGCCAUACUGUGGUGAUACGAGGUCAGGUCGGUUGGACCGACUCGGGAUGCCAAUUGAGUAUAAGUACUGCGUGA